GACCUGAUACCAAUUAGAUAGCGCCUACACUUAGAUAUCUAGUUAAAAUAUUCAUUUAAAUCCGGGAAAGGACACGCAUAUAAAGCUCCGCAAUUCGUCUGGUAAUACUGAAUAAGGCGCUUGUCACACAUGCAGUUUUUCUUAAACGCGCUUUGGAAAUGAUUGGGCUUUUGGCUGCGCUGCUCGUCCCAGGCAUGCUGUUCCCUUGUGAGGCGCAUGACACAGUGGAAAUGCAUUUAGGCGGUACUGAGAACCACAACGAAAUGGAUAGUUGCCCUUCUGGAACAAACUGUGGGAUGGGCUGCUUGUCUGACAUGUGCGGGCUUAAUGAGGUACAGUCUACUGAGAACAGCUGCUCGAGGGCUGGGGUUUGGAAGAAUGAGCUCAGCUCAUUCAUGCGAAUCACGUGCAGUGACGGGGAAAUAAGAGGCAUGUACUGUAGCGCCGUUGGACGCGUGACGUCCUUCUACCAGUUGUCAGGGAGAUACCUGGUUGCAACGGAUAACACUGUCAUCAUGGGAUGGACCGUCGCAUGGCAGAACGGCGUUAGGAACAGUCAGUCGUCGACCUCAUGGUCCGCCAUAUCGUACACAGAUGACGUCAUCGAGAGUCAGUGGCUCCUGACGUUUUAUAACAAGGAGCUUUGGAACACCGUCACGACAAAUCGCGAUCGGUUUAGUAAAGUUACAUGUUAAUCGACUAAAACGUGAAAAAGACGAAGCAUUCUCGAUUCAACCUUCUAUAAAACACUGAACAUGUCAUUUUAAAGGACUUAUCUGCUAUACAAUAUAUACUCGUCUUCGUAAUAAGCACUUUUUUACUUAUAUUAAUUUUAAAUACUUUUAUGCAAUAUAAUUAUUUCAUGCAAAAUUAAUGUUCACUGUUUAUGUAUCUCUCUUUUCAAUAAAUCUUUAAAGCUG